UUUGACUUGAAGUUUGUAUACCCGAGCGGGCUGGCCAGUAACAAACUGGAUGUAUACGGCGGCCGAGUUCGUGGUCGACCCGUCACUUUGCAAGAUUUCGUCGGCGGCCGUCGCGACUUCGUGCCAUGGUGACAGCGGACGACGCGCGAUUGGAAGUCACGCCAAAAGCUCGCGUCCAAUUCAACCUUAUGACGGAUGCGGGAAACAUCGCACUCAUGGAUGACGGAGGAGAGUACUUGGAAAACCUUGAAAAUGGCGUCGACAGCGCCCCAGCAGAGCUUCCAGAUCCCACGGACCUCGUUCUCCAGGCCUGCGCUGUGCCCAAGGGAAACUCCAUGGACGAGACACUUCGCAUGAACGAAGCCAAGGAGUACAUGGUGAAGCAGUUUGGAAUGAUUCAAGAACAAGUCGGGAUGAACCCAAACACACUCCAAUUCGACAGCUAUAUCCCAUCGUCCGACCCGCCCGAGAAGUUUGAAGUCGGCUACCUAAAAUGGGCUCAAGAAGCGUCGAUGAAUCGAAUUCGUCUGUGCUUUGCGGUCGGGUUUGUCUUCUUGGCAGCGUAUUUGGCAUACGAAGUCCACAACGAUUUGUUCACGGUGCGCACGGGCAUUCCGCGCAGCCAUCCCGCUUCCGCUAUCCACUCGACGGUGUCCACGUUACUCUAUAUCGUGACGUUUGGCUGUGGGUGCGGGGCGUUUGCCGUCGGGUACAUUUUGGUGCAUCAGCCGUGGGCAGCGAAACACCUGGAAACGAUUACGUUUUGGGUGUUUGCAGUCGUUGCGCUCAGCAUGAUCUUCAAGAAACCGCUGCAGCAACAGGCUGGCCCGGUCUUGCCCCUCGUGAUUCUGAUCAUUCCUAUCUUUGGGAUCACUCGCAUGCGAUUCAUCCACAGCUGCGUGUUGGGAUGGAGCAUCUUCUUCGUCUACCUCGUCGUCCAACUCGUGAGCCUCAACUUUAUCGACGACAUUCCGUCCGUGUGGAAGUACGACAACGUGUCCGACAUUAUCUACCAAACAAUCAACUACGGCAUCGGGAUCAUCGGUGGCAUGGUGUCGCACUACCGUCAAGAGCUCACGCGCCGCCGCAACUACGCGCUGAAGCUUCCGUUUGCGGGCCCGGCGCUCGACGACGAGCCCGUCGACUUUUCCGCCGACACAUACUCGGAAGAGAAGCUGCUGGACCCGUGGACGCUUGCAUUCCGCAACCUCGCCAUUGAAGAGUACUUUUGCAAGGUCUGGUACUUGAUCGAUCCACACCCGUACGAGAACCCGAACCGUGGGGACAUCCACGAAAACGUGUACUGGACGAUCCGGUAUGCCGUGCUUGGCGUUGGGUUGAGCCAGAUCGUGCUGGGUAUUCAAGACAUCAAGCUGCUCUUGAUGAAGCACUUUUACUUUGAGUACGGGAUGGCGGCCGUGAUCCGAUUUGCCAUCGUUGUGCCGUGCUACUUGGGGGCAUUCUACUUUUUGUACUUGCUCGGGAAGAAAUACUGGUCUGUGUUCUUGCGCCGGGGCAUGUCGAAAUUGGACCUGGACGCGGCCGUCGCGCAAGACAAGCGCAGCCGCAUCAAGACGAAAUGGGUCGAGUCCAAGGGCGGGUACGUUCGGUCGGCCCAAGUAUUUUCGAUCGCGGUCGUCGCAAUCCACGUGUGCAGCAUGAUGAUUCUACUGCUGCAAGUCGGGUAUGCCUUCAUGCACAACUACAAGGACAAGCAGCCCAAGCCGACCAAGCCGAACGUGUACUUUAUGGGGCUGCUCAACGCCAUCUUGUACGCGCACCGGUCGGGCUUCAAGCUCCGGUUUGUCUAUGCUUUCCGGUCGACGUCGGUGCUCAUCGUGCUCUUCAUCUUCUUUGCAUCGCACAACCUGCACUGGGACCCGUGGGAGUACCUGUGGCUCGAGUACACGGGGUUCUUGAUCUGCACGCAGCUGCUCGGGAUGAUGAUUUCGCACGAAGAAGAAGCGCUCCGUCGAAACUUUUUCAUCCUCAAGUCCAUUCGUAUCGUCGAGUUUGAAAAGUGGUUUGCGGGCGUGUUGGUCAUCCAAAAGCGCGUCCGCCGCUUCCUCAAGCGCCACAAAUCCCGCAAGCAAUUGCUCCAACACACACCGCCCGGCGACACUUCUGCGAAACCCACCGCGAUCAAGCCCGUCGCCCACGCACAAGCGUUCUUGGCCCGCGCGUCGCUGUUGGGCUGCCGAGCGCAAAUGAUUCAAAUCGCCAUCGUCUUGUUCGACGUCAUCUACUCGGCGGCGACUGCCUAGUGAACGAUGACCUACUCUAACAAACACAUCUCUGCCCUUGAUGGCGGCGUUCGUUCGUCCAGUCGACAUGAUCUAACGCGGUCGUCGCCGCUCACGUGAAGCGUUUGACGAGUGCGUUCGUCAAAUGCGCUGGCGGCAAUGCCCCGUCGACGGAACCACGAAAUCGUUCUCGCAAAACGCAUCUACGAGGGUGCUUGUUUGGUCCUUGCCCAUGGUGCGACAUGCCGGGUUCCUUUGCACACUCUCGUGCUCGCGAUUUCAGGGAUGCUGGAGUGUACCGAGUGAUGGACCUGUACCCUGCACCUAUCGGCACAUGCGUGGCAUCCGAUCAGCGUCCUCAUUCAGCGGGCGCUGCACGUU